AUGGCGCCCACCGGACUCACCUUCAAGGACGUUCAGACAUGGGCACUCCGCGACUUCCCUGAACAAUUCAGACAGCUUCCCGAUGCGAAAGCGUUCCAUGUACAGUUCAACAUCGUCCGUGGGUACAACCACGACAACGACUUCAAGAGCCUUGUGAUAGGCAGCACCCGCACCAAGACCGGAAAACCAGCCGACGUACUCGCGUGGCUAGCAGGCAGCCGUAUACAGCUCGGAUACAUCGGUAAGAACCGGAAAGGGGAGCAACAAAUUCGUCACAUGGUCUUCGCCGAAGAGAACAUCUCGUGGUGGAGGUUCAAGUUCCCGUUCAGUGUCAUCCUGCCGACCCAAGGCGGAACAGAAAUUGCUUGUUUCAACGCCAUGUUACGUUACUACUUCCUCGCCAAUGGUUGGAGCAAAGGCGUGAUCGACGACUCGGAUGUCUUCCACAGAUUCGUAUCUAGAUUUCCUCACGCUUGUCGGGCUAUUGCAAACGCGAUUACGCAGAGACCAGAACCGGUUCCGACCCCAUCCGUUACGGUCUUCCCACCAGGAGCUGGUAGUGUGCUGGCCGCACCAGCAAACUACCAGUUCCACUCUUGUGGAGACCAGAUCGUGGCACUCGAUGAAGCGAACGAUGCCGACGAGCGAGACGGCUCUGGACUGCGAAAUAAGCUUUUCGAUCUCAACAUCCGGCUUAUGAUCGCGGAAGGUCUCGCUCGGGAUGCUGAGAUCGCAGCGCGGACAGCUCAGGAAGAAGCACAACUCUGGAGGAAAAGGUAUGAAGAAGCCGAGUCAUACAGAAUCAAAUAUGAGGAGAUGAGGAGCCACUUUGGACUGCCGGAGUAG